AAGCACCGAGUUUCUACAGGAAGUAGGAUGAAGAAUUUGCUUUGUAGCUGAAGGAUGUGUAAGAUGAAAGAUCCUUAGACAUGAAAUGAGGUCAGUGGUAAGCUUACGAUUUAAAUUGUUGUUUGAAAAAGUGCUCUAUCUGCUCCUUCCAGGGGAAAAACCAUGGAGAGAACCUAGAUACAAUGUGACAUUAAUUCUUCUUCUUAGUAUCUAGAUCACCAUGGCGACUGGACAGAGGUUGAUGAGAGCUGUCAGAGUGUUUGAAUUUGGUGGACCCGAAGUCCUGAAACUCCAGUCGGAUGUGACCGUGCCGAUUCCAAAAGACCACCAGGUUCUAAUCAGAGUCCACGCGUGUGGUGUGAACCCCGUGGAGACGUACAUUCGCUCCGGGACGUACAGCAGGAAGCCAGCCCUGCCCUACACGCCUGGCUCCGACGUGGCUGGGGUGGUGGAAGCCAUUGGAGAUGGUGCGUCUGCUGUCAAGACAGGUGACAGGGUCUUCACGACCAGCACACUCUCUGGGGGCUACGCGGAGUACGCGCUUGCAGCGGAUCACACCGUCUACAAACUGCCCGACGAGCUGGACUUCCAGCAAGGCGCGGCCAUCGGUAUCCCAUAUUUCACGGCGUUUCGAGCUCUGAUCCACAGUGCCCGUGCGAAGGCUGGCGAGAGCGUUCUGGUUCACGGGGCUAGCGGAGGAGUAGGUUUAGCAGCAUGCCAGAUUGCUAGAGCUUAUGGCUUGAGGGUUUUGGGCACGGCUGGCACCGAGGAGGGACGGAAGGUUGUCUUGCAAAAUGGAGCCCAUGAAGUAUUUAAUCACCGGGAAGUUAACUACAUUGAUAAAAUUAAGAAAUCUGUUGGUGAGAGAGGAAUUGAUGUGAUUAUUGAAAUGUUAGCGAAUGUAAAUCUUAGUAAAGAUUUGAAUCUUCUGUCAUACGGAGGAAGAGUCAUAGUUGUUGGCAACAGAGGUACUAUUGAAAUCAACCCCCGGGAUACCAUGGCCAAGGAGACUAGUAUCAUUGGAGUUCAUCUCUUUUCCUCAACCAAGGAGGAAUUUCAGCAAUUUGCAGCUGCCCUUCAAGCUGGAAUGGAAAUUGGUUGGUUGAAACCUGUAAUAGGUUCUCGGUAUCCGUUGGAGAAGGUAGCCCAGGCUCAUGAAAAUAUCAUUCACGGCGGUGGGGCUACUGGAAAAAUGGUUCUUCUCUUACGAUGAUGAAUCAUUUCAUGCGAUUUUAUAUGUAACAAGAGGUUCUCUCUCCUCCAUUUUUACUUAAUUACCUGCUCUUUGAUUAACGUUCAGUUGAUUCUGUGAGUUUCUUAUGUGAAAAAAUAAGAUUUUUUCUUUAGAGAACAGAGGCAGUGAAGUAAAAUUGAUAACCAGCAAUAUUUUUUAUGCCUCUGUCUCAGAUCAGAAUCAUCAGAUUAGGAAAUAACGUGUUAGUGGUUAUUGGCACUGAGGUGCUUUCCAGAAAUUCUUGACUGACACUUGAGUAAUUACAAGUCUUUGAUCAGAACACGCUGAUUCAUAAUAGGACUGCCCAGGUCCCACAGAUUUCUGAGCCUACUCACCUCUACAAAGGUUCUUUAGUCUCUGAUUAGCCUUGACUGUAUUGGACUCUGAAGAUUUACUGGACUGAAAAAGACUCUUGUUUCAAACUAAUCUCGGCUGGGUCUGUAAGUCUUCUGGAUGUGCAACAAUAAACAAUGGCCAGGGCAGUUUGUUAGUUUUCCCAAUAUUUCUCCAAAUAUUAGAAUACUCAUGAUCAGUUGGUUGCCAAUGACUUCGUAUGUUCUGUGAAGACCGCAGCCCUCUCUUUGGUAUAGUGUGAUAACCUACACAUGGUCUUCACAUAGAUAAUACUUCUUUGAUAAGAUUUUCAAAGUAGAUUCAGGGUUAUCUCUUUGUUGAUGGGGGUCAUAUAUUUUCACUUAGAUUAAUAAACUCACAAAUUUGACACUUUAAGAAUGAUCUUUUGUUUUAGGACAUGAUCUGUAGUAAAUUCUGCAGAAAAUUAAA